CUCUGGCGGCGGAGUGCACGCCCCGCCUCUGUCCCGGAGCUCUGGUUGAUCCGACUCUGAGUGCUGGUGUGCUCUGACGAACUGUCCCGGUUCCGAGUGUCUGGGUACUCGCAGCCAGCAUGGAGGCUCGCCGCGCGCGGCAGAAGGCUCUCAAAGUAAAGAACUUAAAGAAUGUCAGAUAUAUGAAGUUGAUUUCCAUGGAAACGUCAUCAUCCUCUGAUGAUAGUUGUGACAGCUUUGCUUCUGAUAAUUUUGCCAACACAAGACCGCAGCAGAGCAGGGAAGGCUGCAGGACCCGAAGUCAGUGCCGGCACUCCGGGCCUCUCAGGGUAGCAAUGAAGUUCCCGGCACAAAAUACCCGGAGGGCAGCCAACAAAAAAGCAGCGCCCCCAAAGCCCUCCGAGAGCUCCGCAAAUGAUUCCCACUCUGACUCUGAAGAAGAAGAUGGCAUGAACUUUCUGGAGAAGAGGGCCUUAAAUAUAAAGCAGAACAAAGCCAUGCUUGCAAAACUCAUGUCAGAAUUAGAAAGCCUCCCUGGCAUAUUCUCCGGAAGACAUUCCCUCCCGGGCCACAGAACCAAAGAUUCUAAGUCACCUAGAAGACGCACAUUCCCAGGAGUGGCCUCCAGAAGGAACCCGGAACGGAGAGCUCGACCUCUUACCAGGUCAAGGUCCCGGAUCCUGGGAUCCUUGGGUGCUCUGCCCAUGGAGGAGGAGGACGAAGAAGAGGAGGAGGAGGAUAAGUACAUGCUGGUGAGAAGGAGGAAGUCCGUGGACGGCUAUAUGAACGACGAUGAUAUGCCCAGAAGUCGUCGCCCUGGAUCCAUGACCCUUCCGCAUAUAAUUCGACCAGUAGAAGAUGUCACAGAGGAAGAGAUUAGGAACAUCUGCAGUAACUCAAGAGAGAAGAUUUACAACCGAUCACUGGGUUCUACGUGUCAUCAGUGUCGCCAGAAAACCACUGACACCAAAACCAACUGCCGAAACCCAGACUGCUGGGGCAUCCGGGGCCAGUUCUGUGGCCCCUGCCUUCGAAACCGUUAUGGCGAAGAGGUCAAGGAUGCCCUGUUGGAUCCGAACUGGCACUGCCCACCUUGUCGAGGAAUUUGCAACUGCAGCUUCUGCCGCCAGCGUGAUGGACGGUGUGCCACUGGUGUCCUUGUGUAUUUAGCAAAGUAUCAUGGCUUUGGGAACGUUCAUGCUUACCUGAAAAGUCUAAAGCAGGAGUUCGAAAUGCAAGCGUAGGGCCUGAAGAGGGCCUGCCUGCCUUCUGCCUCUGAGGCGUUCCUGUUGUUGACGUCAUUGGUGGAGGCCUGAGUAAGAAUCUUGGCCAUCAGUCUGUCUUAGAACUCAGUCGGGUUGAUCUUGUAGCUCACACUUUUCUGAAGCACCCUGAAAGGCGCACUGCUCGUCCUGUUUCAGCCAUGUGUCGUGUCUCAGCUUGCCCUGUCCCUACCUUGUAGCCUCUCUGGCCUUUCGCCACCGCUUAGAUUCUGAGCUAUCUUUAAGCGGCAGUUUGAGAAUUUGUUCGAUCAGGACAUACCCAGGCACUUUGGGGUAGGGUAGUAUUGUGAAGCAACGGUUAUGAUGAACUGCAGAGGAGAGCCCUUUAACUAGUUUACAUAGAACCAAGGUUUGGUGUCUAGUGUUUAUAUUGGCUGGUGUUUUAAAUGGAAAGGCCAAGGCACAAAGGGCUGGAAGCCAUGUGGGAAAAUUAGGUAGUUGUUGUAAAGUGGAGUGUGGCCACAAUGAAUGACUUUCUGAUGAAAUAACAGCUCCUGGGUGCUGUGCUCAGUGUGCACCUUGUCACAGUUGACACCGCUGCUACUGUCGUCUGGCUUACACAGUCACCCAAAAGGUUUGUGGUAAUGUGGUACCAUAAUUAAUUAAAUUGCUGUAGAAAAGGCAUUCUGGGAAAUUAAGAUGAUGGCUGGCUCUGCAACGGGCUGAUAUGAAAUCUUGGUGUUCUGCUUCAAGAACAUAAUUUUAAUAACGUCACUUUAGACCCUGACAACUUCCUGAAGAGGUAACCCUGGGGGUGGUGUCCAGGGUUUCUGUUCAGGUUUUAAACACUUUUGGAAUGAUGAGAAGUGAUCGUUUAGAGAUGGGUGGCUUUGAACUACUUGUUAAGGAGUUACCUCUGCCAGUCUAGUUACUGGGCAGGUGCCUUGAGUCUCCCUCCCUCCUUCCCCUCUCCCUGUAGGCGGGUGACUACAUGACUGAUUCCCUCACCUGUGUAGCCUGUUGCUGUGCCCACUCUGUACUCUGUCUGUGAUGCUCAAUUGGAUAUUGAAUCACUCAUUGUAAAUACAGCUUUUUGCUCUGUAAUGCUUUUAUACAAAGGUUUUUAUUUUAAUAAUAAAACAUUUUGUUCUAA